CCUCCCCUCCUAUCAUGGCCGCCGGAGUGCCUCCGAACCGCCCCUCCCCUCGGCUCCCGCCCUCCCGUCGAGCCGGGUCGCGGUAGGCCGCCGGGACUGUCUGUCAGGCCCAUCCUCUCUUCCGGCCCGCCUCCGGCCUGUCACGAUUGGCUGAGGGGAGCGUCGCUCCGGGCCCGGGCCCAAUGGCGAGCCUGGGGUGUGUGUGAGGAGGACGAGCAGGCGACGCGCGCGGCGGUAGCCGGCCGGAGGAGGAAAAGAAGAAGGUGGCCGUGAGGGAAGGCAGGAAGGCGGGCCGGCCAGGCGAGGGAGACGCCGCCGCCGCCGGAACACCCCCACCAGCAGCCGCAACGGCGGAGGCGCUGCCAGGCGGAGGAGGAGGUCGAGGUGGAGGCGGGGCCGCGGCGGCGGAAGCGGAAGUCGCGGGAGGCGGCGGCAAGGCGGCGGCGCGCGGGUCCCGGUCGCGAGGAGAAGGCGGCGGCGGAGGAGGAUGUGGCGCGCGGAGGGGAAAUGGCCGCCGAAAACAAGCCGGAAGAUGAUCAUGGGAACAGCAAUGGAAGUCAUGUGAAAAUCUUCUUGCCGAAAAAGCUGCUUGAAUGUCUACCAAAAUGUUCCAGUUUACCAAAAGAGAGGCACCGUUGGAACACUAAUGAGGAAAUUGCUGCAUAUCUAAUAACAUUUGAAAAACACGAAGAAUGGCUAACGACCUCACCUAAGACCAGGCCCCAGAAUGGCUCUAUGAUCCUAUACAACAGGAAGAAGGUGAAAUACAGGAAAGAUGGAUAUUGCUGGAAAAAGCGGAAAGACGGGAAGACCACCCGAGAGGAUCACAUGAAGCUGAAGGUGCAGGGAGUGGAGUGCCUCUACGGCUGCUACGUCCAUUCCUCCAUCAUCCCCACGUUCCACAGAAGGUGCUACUGGCUGCUGCAGAACCCCGACAUCGUGCUGGUGCACUACCUGAAUGUACCCGCCAUCGAGGACUGUGGGAAGCCGUGUGGGCCCAUCCUGUGCUCCAUCAACACCGACAAGAAGGAGUGGGCAAAAUGGACGAAGGAGGAGCUCAUCGGCCAGCUGAAGCCCAUGUUUCAUGGCAUCAAGUGGACAUGCAGCAACGGGAACAGCAGCUCGGGCUUCUCGGUGGAGCAGCUGGUGCAGCAGAUCCUGGACAGCCACCAGACCAAGCCCCAGCCUCGGACGCACAACUGCCUCUGCACGGGCAGCUUGGGGGCAGGGAGCAGCGUGCACCACAAGUGCAACAGUGCCAAACACCGCAUCAUCUCCCCCAAGGUCGAGCCGCGGUCGGGCGGGUACAGCGCCCACUCGGAGGUGCAGAACAACGACGUCUCCGAAGGCAAGAACGAGCACAGCCACAGCAAGUCCUCCAGCCGGGAGAAGCGGAACGGCAAAGUGGCCAAGCCGGUCCUGCUCCAUCAGAACAGCACGGAGGUCUCCUCGACCAACCAGGUGGAGGUCCCCGACACGACCCAGAACUCCCCCGUGUCCAUCAGCAGCGGCUUGAACAGCGACCCGGAUGUGGCAGACAGUCCGGCGGUCACGGGGGUCUCCAGCAUGGCGGUGGCCUCGGUGAUGGGCAGCUUGCCCCAGAGCGCCACCGUCUUCAUGUCGGACGUCACCAGCGAGGCCGUCUACACCAUGUCGCCCACCACUGGCCCCAAUCAGCACCUCCUCGCCUCGGACGCGGCGGCGCAGGGGCUGGUGCUGGCCGUGAGCUCCGACGGCCACAAGUUUGCCUUCCCCACGGCCGGCAGCUCGGAGGGUCUGUCCAUGCUGCCUGCCAGCGUCUCUGAGGAGCUGGUGCUCUCCACGACCCUGGACAGCGGCAGGAAGAUCCCCGAGACCACCAUGAACUUUGACCCGGACUGCUUCCUGAACAACCCCAAGCAGGGCCAGACCUACGGCGGAGGGGGCCCCAAGGGGGACGGGCUGGGCUCCAACCUCCGGCAGUCGCCCACCACGGAGCGGGUCUUCAACUUCAGCACGGCCCUCACCAAGGAGAUCAAGACCGAGGACACGUCCUUCGAGCAGCAGCUGUCCAAAGAGGCCUUCUCCUCCGCCUCCUCUUCGUCCCACUCGCUCACCCUGACGGCCGGCUCCAGCCUGCUCCCGUCCGGCGGGGGCCUGAGCCCCAGCACCACCCUGGAGCAAAUGGACUUCAGCGCCAUCGACUCCAACAAGGACUACUCCUCCGGCUUCGGCCAGGCCGUCCAGAGCCCCCACCACGUCCACCAGACCCCCUCCCCCAGCUUCUUCCUGCAGGACGCCAGCAAGGCCCUCCCGCUGGAGCCGAACGCCCACAGCAGCCUGGGCGAGGCCAGCAGCUCCUUCGCCAGCCCCCUGGGGCUCCCCGCCGUCAAGACCGAGGCCUCCUCCCAGAGCGCCUCCAACUGCAACGGCGCGGUGGAGGCCCGGAUCGAGCCCAGCUCUUCCCUGCAGCUCAUGCAGUUCCAGGCCAGCUUCCAGGCCAUGGCGGCCGAAGGGGAAGUCCCGAUGGAGACCUCGCCCCAGGCCGAAGGCAGCGAGAACCUGCUGAAGUCGGGCGGCCUCCAGGCCUGUGCCGCGGAGCACUACCUGCAGCCGGAGGCCAACGGCGGCGGCCUGCGGAACGGGAGCGUCCUGCCCGUCCUGCAGGGGAACAUGGCGCAGGGCCUCUACCCGGCCGGCCACCCGGGCCUCAGCAACGCCGCCAACAUGGAGCUCAGCCUGGACCACUUCGACAUCUCCUUCAGCAACCAGUUCUCCGACCUGAUCAACGACUUCAUCUCGGUGGAGGGCGGGGGCAACGCCCUCUACGGGCACCAGCUGGUCUCGGGGGAGGGGGCGGGGCUGGCGCCGCCCGAAGACGGCAGCCGGGUGCCCUACAGCCAGGCCGAGAUGUGCAUCCCCUGCUGCAGCCCCCAGCAGGCCAGCCUGCACCUCAGCAGCGCGGAGAACGGGGCCGGCACCAUGGCCUACAUGCACGUCACCGAGGUGGUGUCGGCCGCGGCGGCCCAGAACACCUUGGGCCUGCUCCAGCAGAGCGGGCGCCUCUUCCUGGUGACGGACUACUCGCCGGAGUGGUCCUACCCGGAGGGGGGCGUGAAAGUGCUGAUCACUGGCCCCUGGCAGGAAGCCAGCAAUAACUACAGCUGCCUCUUCGACCAGAUCUCCGUGCCGGCCUCCUUGAUACAGCCAGGAGUGCUUCGCUGCUACUGCCCAGCUCACGACACGGGCCUCGUCACGCUGCAGGUGGCCUUCGACAACCAGAUCAUCUCCAACUCGGUGGUCUUUGAGUACAAAGCACGGGCCUUGCCCACCCUGCCCUCCUCCCAGCACGACUGGCUGUCCCUGGACGACAACCAGUUCAGGAUGUCGAUCUUGGAGCGCCUGGAGCAGAUGGAGAGGCGGAUGGCCGAGAUGACGGGCUCCCAGCAGCACAAGCAAGGCGGAGGCAGCGGCGGCGGCGGCGGCAGCCAAGCACAGUGCGUCUCGGAGGCCGCCGCCCUGGGCAACUGCUUCGAGAGCCGGGUGGUGGUGGUGUGUGAGAAGAUGAUGAGCCGGGCCUGCUGGGUCAAGUCCAAGCACCUGAUCCACUCCAAGACCUUCCGGGGAAUGACCCUCCUGCACCUGGCUGCCGCCCAGGGCUACGCCACCCUCAUCCAGACCCUCCUCAAGUGGCGCACCAAACAGGCCGACAGCAUCGAUCUGGAGCUGGAAGUUGACCCCCUGAAUGUGGACCAUUUCUCCUGCACUCCGCUGAUGUGGGCGUGCGCCCUGGGCCACCUGGAGGCUGCCGUGGUCCUGUACAAGUGGGACCGCCGGGCCAUCUCCAUCCCCGAUUCCCUGGGGAGGCUGCCCCUGGCCAUUGCCCGGUCCCGAGGCCACGUGAAGCUGGCCGAGUGCCUUGAGCAGCUUCAGCGGGAAGAGCAAGCCCAACUCAGGCCACCUCCCCGGAUCCCCUGCCCUUCACGCGAGGAGCCCAGCAGCGAGAACUGGAUGGCCCAGUGGCCCAGUGAGAUGGUCGCCUCUCAGGAGGCCCAGAAGGGAGUCACCGUCCUGCCCAGCGCCAACGCAGAGCUGAGACGGCCGCGCUCCGAGCCCUCCAGUUACUACAGCAGCAGCAGCAGCAGCAGCAGCGAGAGUCCCAAGGAUUACCCAGCGCCCAAAAAACACAAACUGAACCCCGACUACUUCUCCGCGCGGCAGGAGAAGCUUCUUUCCCCGGCCCUGAGCCUGGAGCGGCCCAGUGCCCGGAAGGCGAGCUCCGGCGCAAAGCAAUCCCUCCCCGAGACAAUCAGCCCCCGGCCCGGGGGGCAGGACUUGGCCCGGGAGCUGCUCCCAGAGGUGGCUGGGUACCGCGGCUCUGGCGGGCAGGCGGGGCUCAAGUGGAGCCCGAAGGAGGCCUACAUCGGCGUCUCCGCCGUGCCGGGGACGGGCAGCCCGAAGGGGCUGGCGCUGGGGAAGAAGGACUCAGGGGUUCAGCGGCUGCAUCCGCGGGAGCAGAUGGGGGUGCUGAUGAUGGCUGACCGGGAGAUGGCCCAUCCGGAGCUGCUCUCCUUCCGGGACAGCACGGAGGGCGAGGACUGUUUGCACCACAUGGACGACCUGCAGGUGACCAUGAUGACUCUGGCGGAGCACAUCAUUGAAGCCACACCGGAGAGGAUCAAGCGGGAAAACUUUGUGCCGAUGGAGACGCCGCUGGCCGAGAGGACGGAGAGCGCCGCCAUCAGCACCUCGAUGAGCUGGCUGGCCAGUUACCUCGCGGAUGUGGAUCAUUUGCCAAGCGCUGCUCAGAUCAGAAGCCUGUACAGUGGACCCCUGCCCCCUUCUUCCCACACCAGCCUGAGCCCUGCGAGCCCGCCCGUCAGUGAGAUGGCUUUUGAGAAGCCCAGCCUCCCCUCGGCAACAGACUGGUCGGAAUUCCUAAGCGCCUCCACCAGCGAGAAGGUCGAAAACGAGUUUGCACAGCUGACCCUCUCCGACCACGAGCAGAGAGAGCUCUACGAAGCUGCCAAGCUCGUCCAGACCGUCUUCAGGAAGUACAAGGAACGUCCCCUCCGGGAGCAACAGGAAGUGGCCGCUGCUGUCAUUCAGCGUUGUUACCGAAAAUACAAACAGCUGACUUGGAUAGCCUUGAAGUAUGCACUUUAUAAAAAGAUGAUCCAAGCUGCCAUCCUUAUUCAGAGCAAAUUCCGAAGCUAUUACGAGCAGAAGAAGUUCCAGCAGAGCCGGAGAGCCGCGGUGCUGAUCCAGCAGUUCUACCGCAGCUACAAGGAGUGCGGCCAAAGGCGGCAGAGUCGCAGGACGGCCGCCCUCGUCCAGCAGAAGCUCAGAAGCAGCCUGCUCACCAAGAAGCAGGACCAAGCUGCACGCAAAAUCAUGCGGUUCCUACGACGCUGCCGCCACAGCCCUCUGGUGGACCAUAGGAGGUACAAACGGGAGCCGAACGCUUCCGAAGCACAAUGCUGCGUGUUAAAUUGCAGGCCGCAUGCUGCCCUGGGCUCUCUCUCUCAUUGGGCCUCUCUCUCUCUUUGCUUUGCGCCCCAAAUGAGAGCUCUGGAAAAAGGGAGGAGCCCCCCUUCCCUAAAUUACCCACGAGCCAUUUCUGCUCUGAGAGCCACAGAGUGAAAGAAUUGAAAAAGGCCAAGGAACUUGAAGAGCGAGGCGGCAGCAUCCCGUAGCAAUGUGACGUUGCUUUUCAGACUGUUUUCAUUUUCUGUUUUUAGCAGAAACAUGCAACAACAAUUACAAAAAUGAUUUAAUUAUUUUUAAAAAAAAAACUGACUGCAGCACCAAGAGUAUCAGCUGCAGGAUUUUAACGGUAAUGUUUAGUCAUUACAUUUGCACUUUCAUGGACAACUUUUAAUUUGUUCAGCAAGACAUCUCGGAACUCAAAUCUUUGGUUGGAUCAUGGGGGGGGAAAGUGACACCCGAAAGGAGUUUUCAUGAGUUGCUUUGUUCCUCUCCAAAAAAGCAACGAUCCUUGUCAUAUAGGGCUGUAUUACAAAAGCAAAACAAAAAUACCAACGUGUGGAACUGUACAAAUCUUAUACCAAAAACGCAAAAACCCCGCCACUACCCAAGAAUGCUCUUCUUCUUCUUCUUGCACCUGUGAAUCAUCUCCAAGACCUGGAAGCGUCAGGAUUCUCCGCGGAAAGGUGCUGGUCCCUUUCCACCGCGCGGGCAGGGGGAGGCCUUCCCUCCUCCAUCUCCUUUGCACGCCUGUCUUUCUGUUCUUCAUCGGAAUCUCUACAACCCACUUUCAUGGAACUUUUGAGAUCGGCUGGUUUUCAACACAUCCCGUGGGAGUUUUUCCAGAAAGCUGUCAGUGUUUCUAAGGCAAACGGGUAUUUGCGGUGGGGAGGGGCGGGCGGGGAGGGGAGAGAGAAGGGGUGAGCAGCUCACGCAAAAAGUUCCUUUUUUUGGUGUCUUUCUUUUCUCUCUCUCUCUCUCUCUCUCUCUCUCUCUCGAGCCUUCAAGUCUAUCAACUGCCAUAAUGCACUUCUCAUGUUUGGCACUUUAUUUUCUGGCCUUACUUCACACAAGAUUUUUACUUAUUUACUUAACAAUGAUUUGUAAAGCAUUUUAGUAACCUGCAGACCUCUUGUUCGAUUGAAGAGUCAUGUCAUGCAUAUAAGCUGACUGGACAUUUAGACCACCGAUUUGGGGGUGGGGAGCGGCGUUGUGCUGCUUCCCGGCCAGUAAAUUUCUUGUUUUGGCUAUUUCAUCAAAAAAAUAAAAAUGAAAAUCUAGGCAGUUUCUGUAUAUAGAGAGAAGGUAGAAAUGGAAAUGAGAAAUAAAUAUUUGAAAGGGAAUAUAUUGAUUAAUUGCUAAGUAUUUUAUUCACAAAGGGUUAAUAACUUGGCGAGAGAAAUGUGCGUAUUUGUAUAGUUUUGUCUGAAUGAAGGCGCAGAGUGUGGAUGUUUGUACAUAUUGUAUAUAUUAAAGCAGACGUGCAUGAACUCCAGGAAAAAAAGAAAUGAAAAAGCAAAGCAUUAGUGGCUACGGUCUGUAAAAUGAAACAAAAAAAAACUUUAUUUCACUAUAAGAAACUUUAUUUUAAAUGUUCUUUAGAAGAACAUUUUGCUAAAGCAUGACUAAACUGCAGAAACAAAAAGAGCUAAUGUAUUUAGACUUAGGAAAAAAAGGCAAAGUAACAUUACUUUUUAAAAAAAGAGAUGUUUACAUUUGAUUUUGGCUACCAGGAAUUUGUUUAAAUUGAUUUUAACCUUCUUGGUUAUCUUUUUAAAUUUUUGAUUUAGUUUCUCCUUUUCUGCCAAUGGUGCCAAGUAAAGUGAAUGCUAAUAUUGCUUAAGAAAAAAUUAAGUUAUUUUGCAAAGCAGAUAAUCAUAAGAAUACAAAAUUGUAUCUAGCGUAACACCAUACACUCACUCCAAUAAAGAACACUUAGAAUGAACAUUAACUUUAAAAAAAAACAAAAUAAAAAGAAAUAGUAUGACAGUAGAAAAAUACGUUUCACAUGUUCAUGUUUCCUGCUGGAAGUCAGACAAUGUACUAAAAAUUGCACAAAAAUUUUUAAAAAAAGAAAAAAAAUUAAAAGAUGCAAACAGGUUUUGUAGGGGUGUCAUGGUAUAUUGCUAUUUCCACAUAGAGAGGAGCCAAAGAAAUCUGUUUUAAAUGAGCCGUUUCAAUAGGGAAGCGAAUGUGAAGGGGGGGCAGCAGCGCUGGAGGCCCCCCUGCCUCUUGCCAGGCCAGGAGUCAGGGGGGCCUCUUGGGCUUUGGACUGGGUCCCGCCUGCCCCCCCCCCCGGCCCCCCGUGGCUCUUGCUCAAUGCCAGCUGAAACGCUCCAGGUGGGUCGGUGGGUCGUCCAUUUCUAGAGAUGUUUGGUGCAGGGCCUGUGGCUGUGCUUGAGGAGCAUCCAGGUCCAGGAAAUGUCCAGUCUUGCUCAGAGGCUUGUUGUGAAGCCUAAAAAUACUCACAAUUCUGUGAAGCUUUUAAACUGGUGUCUUUAAAAGAAGGUUUAAACACACGGCGGGGGGGGGUGUGUGGCCAAAACCAAAGCCACAGACCACCAAGAAGGGAGGGAGGGAGGGAGGACAGACAGACCCAGCCCGCCGGGAUCCCUGCUCUUGGUGCCUUUUCUCUCGUUCGAAGUGUCUCUCUCUUUGCAAGUCCUCCUCCCUGUCACUGCCAAGACUGUGUUGGGCUGCCGCUUGUGCUCAGCACGCUCUGCCGUGGGGCUGAGGGGCUGCAGCCAGGAGAAAGACGGGGGUGCGGGUGGGGGUGGGAUAAGCCAGGGAAGGAGGAGGCCGCAGAGGCCGUCUUCUCGUUCCUCCCUCGGAAGCUGAAAGGGCCGCCCUCUGGCUUGGCCUGGCAUGCUCAGUCUCCAGACUGGCAUUGUGAAAAAGAUGUGCUUUUUCUCUCCUCCUCCUCCUCCUCCUCCUCGUGUCCUCAGUGUUGCUCCCCCUGCCCACCUGACCAGAGCCGUGACCCCAGAGGAACACUUUGCUGCCAUUUCUGUUUUGUCUCAAGGGGGUUCCGAGAUCUGGGGGGGUUUUGCCAUUAACCCUUCCCGAUCCACAGGCUGGGUGGUGCGUCACCCAACGGGCAGCCUGGCCCUCAAGGUGCUGUGCAAGGCAGGCUGAGGGUCACGGCCACCCUCCCUCCCCCAGUCCUGCAGAGAGCCCCGGGGGAGUGGGGGGGGCCUCGUUGCUGGAACUACCUGUGUGCUUAUGGAAGUUUGACACGUGUGCCGUGAUGCCUUCCUGAAUCAGGGCCAUCACUUCUGGACAUAUCAGUGGCCUCUGGCACGAUCCAUUCAGACAUGCUCCCCAGAGAGCGCCCCGCCCCGCCCCGCCCCGCCCCGGUGUCCUUGCUUGCCCUUACCUGAAUUGGAGGACUCGGUUAGGAACGGGGCGGGGGGCCAAAGGGGGCGUCUUUCCUGGAUAGCUGAGCUCCCCCCACCCUGGGCCAGGGAACAAGAUCCUGUUGCGUCUCCCCCAAUCUGGAAUUGCUCCUUUGUGUGACAUCCCAUGUGUGAAGGAAAUAAGAAAUAUAACAUGAACCCCCUCUGCGGCUGCACGCGUCAUGGCAGUUCCACACAGUAGUUGGCGCCCAAACAGAGGGGAGGGGGGGGUCUCCAGGACUUGCAUGUCAAACUAGUAUCGAUGUCUCUUUUGUAAGUUUUAUUUUUGUAACUGCAUGAAAAGCAUCACUGAAUCAAUGGAUCUGUUGAAGAACUCAGCUGCUGGAACCAUGCAAAAUGUUUGAAUGGCCCUUAAAAUAUGGAAAAUGUUUUCUGAAUGCUUUCUAUUCUUUCUGCUGUAAAUUAAAAAUGAAGAAAAUUUCCCCA